AAUUUUAUUUAUCCCGUAUGUAUUCCCUUUCUUCAUAAGAAAUCAAUGGUCAAUAUAUAAUUGGUUUUAGGUUGGAUACUGUGUUACACGUUUCUAUUGGUCAAUGACUCGUCCAAAUCGGCGUUGUGUUUAUACAUGUUCAAUAAUUGAUGUAAAUAACAGACCUAUGUUUCGUAUUAAAGUUAAAGAAGAAGAAUGUCCUGAGCAAGAAUUUACAGAAUUAACAGCAAAAGCUGCUUGGCAUAAAAUUGUUAACAGUAUUGAUAUAUUACGUCGACAAAAUAGUUUAGUUAAAAUGUUUACAGUAUUUGUUAGCGGUGAAGAUUUAUACGGUUUUACAGAACCUCAUAUUAUCCGUUUAAUAGAAUCAUUGCCAGGUGUUGAAAUAUUGCAAAAUUAUGCAUUUAAGUAUGGACGAUUACAAUUACUAGACAUGCCAUUGACAAUAAAUCCAACAGGAUGUGCCCGAAGUGAACCAAAAUUACAAACACAUUUUCGACGACAUGCACUUACAUUGACUAGUUCACAUUCAACGAGAAGUGCAUUACCACGAACAGUUCUUGGCAUUGAAGAUCAUCCUCAAAUACCUUAUGUAAAACAUUUUGUAUUAUCAAAAUCAACACAGUAUAGAAAAUUAAAAAUAGAAUGGCGUCAAAAUGUUUUCUUAGCUAAAUCACGUAUUCAGGGUCUUGGUUUAUUUGCUGCACGAGAUUUAGAAAAACAUACAAUGGUCAUCGAAUAUAUUGGAGAAUUAAUUCGAAAUGAAGUGGCAAAUAAACGUGAAAAAUUGUAUGAACAACAAAAUCGUGGUAUAUACAUGUUUCGUAUUGAUGAUGAACAUGUUAUUGAUGCAACAAUGAGUGGAGGAUUGGCAAGAUAUAUUAAUCACUCUUGUAAUCCGAACUGUGUUGCAGAAGUUGUGCAAAUUGAAAAAGAUAGUAAAAUAAUAAUUAUAACAAAUAGACGAAUAACCAAAGGAGAAGAGUUAAUGUAUGAUUAUAAAUUUGAUUUUGAAGAUGAAAGUUCAAAAAUUCCUUGUAUGUGUGGUGCAUCAAAUUGUCGUAAAUGGAUGAACUGA